GUCAAUUCACAGCAGCGCUAACAUCAGCAGCAACAACCGCUAGCACCAGCGGGGCCAGCGUGAUAACUGCCAGCGGUAUCAAGGCCCAGUGCACAACGUAAACUUCCGCCAACCACCCAUCACCAAGCUUGAUCUGCGUUAGCGUGCCAAAAAAAAAAAAUCUACCGCUAGUGACGCUAACCCAGCUCCAGCGGUACUAGCGGUCAGUGGCCUAGCGCGCACCAGCGCCUAGCGAGGCCAACGUCAGCGACUCCCAGCGGUAGCGGUAGCGAACGCCGACACCCAAAGCCCCCUUCUAGCAAGGCCAGUGACCAUCUCGGCCAGCGCCAGCUUUAGUAACUAGGGAGGAUAACACUUAGAAGCGGAGCCACUAAGGCUGCGUUUGGGGGGGCUUUUUUGCUCCGCCGCUUAUAAGCGCUCCACCCUUUAGCGUUUGGUAACUCCUUCUUCAGCCAGCUUCUAACAGAAGCCCUGGCUUUUUCCACUAAAAAGCAGAAGCCUGGAGACCCCUGCUUUUGGAAGCCAGAAGCCGCUUCUGCAACUGUAGCGCUCUUCACUGUAGAUUAAUGACUCUUUGAUAAUACCAGCGAUUGCCCUCCCUUUCUUGACCAAUUUACGCACAGCCAUGGAAGCACAUUGGAGAAGCCACUCUCCACUGACAAACGCAAAACAACCUUCGACGCUUCCAUUGGAAUGCAGAGACGAUUCAAUUUUCCCCACGCACAAACGCUCCAAUUCUUCUCUUUGUCUUCUCGCUUCAAUUCGGAGAAAAAGACUGAAUUUAUGGGGAAGAUCGUCUUGGCUACGGAAAAUCCUGGUGGGUUCAUUAAUGGCAAGUGGAAGGCAAUUGGCCCAGUUAUCUCUACUUUCAAUCCCGCAGACAAUCAGGAAAUUGCUAAGGUCACAGAAGUGUCUAUAGAGGAUUAUGAGGAGGGCAUUUGUGCUUGCUGUGAAGCAUCCAAGUUAUGGAAGAGUACAAAACUCACAAGGAAGAGAGCCUUUUUUUGUUAUGUUUUUAUACCUAAUUUGUGGUCCUGUCAAAGCUUUUGUUUAUCAUGAAGCUGAGGAAGAAGACAAUGAUGAUCAUGAUCGACCAGUUUCUGUGAAAGUUAUGUCUUGUGAAUGUUGCCUUCCUUUAUUGUUCAAAACAAGCACUCUAAUUUAUAGGGAUGGUAGGAGGGAAGACUAUUGUGCAGUAAUGUAUGUCAAGCUGCCCCUAGGAUUGCUUAUGAAUACAAGGAAUUUCGUUAGUUUCAUUCUAAUCUUUAUGUAGAAAUUCAUGAAAUGUUGAGAUGGAACAUGAUGAUUGGAUUCUAUUUUUUGAUCAACA